AUGCCAAUUGUCUCUAUUCAAGACUCUGAAUGCUACUACCUACGCACCCUCUUAACUUGGUUUCCAGGAGAUACUACUUUCCAGGAGCUUAGAACCAUAAAUGGAAACAUUUGCAGCUCAUUUAAAGCAGCAUGUCAAGAGUUAGGUCUCCUUAACGAUGACAAGAUUUGGCAUGACACUCUUUAUGAAGCUACACAAACUAAGAUGCCUGUACAUAUGAGACAACUCUUCGCUAUCAUUUGUGCCUUUGGGGAACCUGUCAACAUCCCGGACCUAUGGCAAAUACAUAAACUGGCAAUUUGCGAAGACCUGUUUACUAAAUAUUCCACUGACACUGCCCCGAUGUACACUCUCUCGGAAAUUAAUGAAAUACUCAAGUGCUAUGGUAUGACUCUUCAACAAUUUCAUCUCCCAGUCACCAAAUUCAUCCCACCUUAUACUCCAACCUGUGUUGACAUUCUCCACAAACAAAAAGUAGCUUCAGAUUACACACAACAACUCAACGACGAUCAGCGAACAGUCGUACAAGUAGUACUGCAGGCAAUAUACAAUCCACCUAUUCAUUUCAAGAAAUGUUUCUUUCUCGACAGCCCCGCAGGAACAGGCAAGACCUUUGUAUACAAAACCCUCAUUCAUUCUGUGAGAGGUAGAGGAGACGUGGCAAUACCGGUUGCUUCAACUGGAAUCGCAGCAACUUUGCUACCUGCCGGCCGUACUGCACAUUCCGUGUUCAAAAUACCUUUUCAAAUCACACCAACAUCAACCUGCAAUGAGCAGCCAAAUACCAACAAUGCCAAUAAUAUACUUGAAGCGAAAAUUAUCAUCUGGGAUGAAGCACCAAUGACACAUUGUUAUGCAUUUCAAGCUGUUGACAGACUACUGCGAGAUCUCACUCAGCAAAAUGCACCUUUCAGUAAUAAAACCAUUCUUCUCGGUGGAGAUUUCCGCCAAAUACUGCCUGUUAUCUUCCGCGGUUCUCAAGCCCUCACCAUUACUUCUUGCAUCAACAAGCACAGGCUGUGGAACGAAAUGAAGGUCCUAAAACUCACAAAAAAUAUGAGAGCUCUCGAAAGUGAAACUCAGUUUGUUCAAUGGCUUCUUCAAGUUGGGCAAGGUAAAACUGGAGACACGGCAGAACUACCUUCUCAGUGUUUACCACAACAACAAGACCCAGUUGCUCAACUUUACGGUGAUAUUAAUUUCUCGACUGUGACUGCCCAAGAACUUGCUGCAAGAGCAAUACUGAGCAUCACAAAUGACGAUUCUCUACAUAUUAACAACAAAGUUCUUAAUCUUAUAAAGUGUGAAAAAGUGACCUUCAAGAGUCAUUGA